AUGAGUGAAGUUCCCUCAUUUGUAAGGCAUCUGCGGCACAACACAGUUCCGCGGCGCCGACUUCUGGGAGAAAGAUUUGCAGUUAUAACAACAUUGGGUCGAGGUUCAUUUGGAGAAGUGGUUCUCGUGGAGGACAGAGAAGCAAAGGGGGCAUUGGCAGUGGUAAAGCGUUCUCAUAUCUCUAGGAAUGGCGCGGCGAAGAAGACAGCACCGGAGGUGGUAGAUCAGCAGAUUCGUGCUGCCAUAGCAGAAGCGACCAUAAUGGCAAAGUUUAACGAUGAUGGUAUUGUACGUCUCAUGGAUUUCUGGUAUGAAGAGUGUGAGGGUGGUGUGUGUUUCUUGAUGGAAUACUGUAACGCAGGAGAUUUGGAGAACUACAUGAAGCGUAAUUAUCCCUUCAGCGAAGAGUUAUUACUACUUCUUUUUGUUCAAUGUUUAAUCGCCGUGGCACAUAUGCACACGAAGGAGGUUGUCCAUCGAGAUUUAAAGCUGUCAAACAUAUUGGUAUGUGGAAAUGAUGUUUGCACCAUUGGCUCUAACGGCAACCGGAAAGUGCCAAGACUAAAAGUAGCGGAUUUUGGCCUCAGUGCGAUGAGCAGUGAAAGUGAUGCGGUGGAGGGAUUCACGUGUGUGGGCACACCUCUCUUUAUGUCGCCAGAGACCGUUGCGGAGGGAUUGUGUGGAUACGGCAGCGAUGUGUGGAGUCUCGGUGUGGUCUUCUACCGCAUGAUGACAAACCGUCAGCCCUUCACCGGUGAUGACUUUCCCGCAUUGCGAUCUGCCAUUACAUCCACAGAGCCUCCACACCCCAGUCAUGUAUCCUCUGUGCGAUACUCACAAGAAGUGGGGGAUCUCAUUAUGGGAAUGUUGACAAAGAACCCACUCGCACGGCCAAGCGCCCGCCAACUCCUCGCAUCUCCACUAUUCACACAGACCUUAUUGCAGUGUCCGUGGCGCAGCAAGCAACUGCGGGGUGCACUCUCUCUUUUUGCGUGCCGUACUGAUCAUGUGGUGUAUUUAUUCGCCGAACCACGAACAGACUCAAAGAUUGUGGCUACACUCCAUUUUGCUGAUCAUGUUUUUGUUGACAAUGAGGUACACAUACGCGUCAAACAAGGACGACGUAGUGCCUCGCGCAGUGUACGUUCAGCUGCCUCCCCGGAAAUGUGCACUGCCGCCACUACUCCUGCGGAAUCUAUGCAAGAUGAUGUUGUUGUCUGGUGCCAUGUGGUUGGCCCACACACGGGUUACUGCAUCAAGUAUGAACGGGGACGCGGUGUACUGCGGCACGUGGGGGAUCCCACACCGUGUGGUCCACUCCCUCCUCCUCCUCCUCCUCCACCAAUAAUAAUAACAACAACAACAACAUCAAUAACAACACCAACAAGACUAUGUGAAAACGCAGAACGCGGUUCGUCACCGGAGCCGAUACGUCCGGCAGCGCUACACACACCACAAACAUCUUGUUCGAUGCGACGCGAGAAGACGCGCAGCGCUUCUGCAGGAAAUCUCUUCUCACUAUUAUUUAAGCAAUGUGGCUAG